UUUUGUCACCAUGUGCUAUACUUACUGUUGGACUUUCGCUGUUCAGCUCAGUGUUUUGAAAAGGGUAAAAUGCAACUUGUGUAAUUUGACUUGGUUAGUGUGGAGAAUUUGUAAAGUUCGGAAUACUGAAUAAGGAGUUCAUCAGCUGAGUCAACACAACACGGAAUCUCUUUACUUUGGAUAAAUAAAGUGGUUUGUGUGUACAGAAGGUUCAGUAAUUGAUGAAAGCAGCAAGGAACGGUACGAAGGAGGGUUUAGGAAGAAGAAAGUUAGCGAUGAUUCGCAAAGUGUCAUUCCUACAGAGAAAAGACUCUACAGGUGAUGGAAAAGAUGAUGCAGGUUACAUGGAUGUGUCUUUGUGUGAGGUAAAACACCCUCCACCACAACUCUGCCCCAUGCCAGAGGGACUCAGCAGUCAGCAGGUUGUCAGACGUCUCAUUCUCAGAUCCAUUGUGCAAAGUGAGAGCAGCUACUUGGACUCUCUCAAACGAAUCCUUCAGGAGUACCAGAAGCCUUUGUUGGAGACACAGACUGUGAUUUUAAACCCUAAGAAGGUGCGUCAGAUCUUUCACCGCCUGCACGAGAUCUAUCAGUGUCACUGCAUGUUCCAGAUUGCCCUUGCAUCCCGCGUGGCCGAGUGGGAUCAAAGUGAGAACAUAGGCGACUUGUUUGUGGCUUCGUUUUCAAAGUCCAUGGUACUGAACGUGUAUAGUGACUACAUCAAUAACUUCACCAGCGCCAUGGCUCUUAUCAAGAAGGCCUGCUUGUCAAAACCUGCUUUCUUGGACUUUCUUAAGAGGAAGCAGGCAUCGAGCCCAGACAGAAUCACCCUAUAUGGCUUGAUGGUCAAACCUAUUCAGCGCUUCCCACAAUUCAUUCUGCUGUUACAGGACAUGUUGAAGAACACUCCAAGGUCCCACAGUGACCGGCUGCCCCUGCAGCUGGCUCUGACUGAGCUUGAGACCCUGGCCGAGAAACUCAAUGAGCAGAAACGUGUGGCUGAUCAGGAGGCUGAGAUCCAGCACUUAGCUCACAGCACUGGGGAACGCAAUCUCAACAAGCUGCUGAACUCAGAACAGAGGCAGCUGAUUCAUUGUGAACUUCUUACUGAGAUAGUUUUUGGGGAUAAAGGUCAAGUUAUCAAGUCAAAGGAGCGGAAGGUCUUUCUCAUCAACGACACCCUCAUUUGUGCCAACGUGAACCUGAAGGGUCCCCCUGACAUCAACACCCUGGUUCCUGUUGGUCCUAAGUACACGGUGAAGUGGAGUGCUUCUCUGCUGCAGACUCAAGUGGUGGAGGUGGGGCAAGAUAGUCUGCAGGGCAAAGAUGGUGUCAUCACAGCCAGAUGUCGCAACUCUACUGCCAGCAUCACUGGUAAAGUAUUGCUCGGCCCUCCAAGAUUGUAUCAGGAAUUGGAGGAGCUGCAGCAUGACCUGGCUGUAGUGGAGGAGGUCUCACUGUUGGUUGGCACGCUCCACGGAAUCUACCAGAAUCUGAAUACCACAGUGUCUCAGGACUGGUGUCUGGCGCUACAGAGGCUCAUCCGUCUAAAGGAGGAGGAAAUCCAAAACGCCAACAAGUGUCGCCUACGCCUAUCUGUUCCAGGCAAACCUGACAAGUCUGGUCAUCCAGUGAGCAUCAUGGUGGUCUUCAACACUCCCAACCCCUUCAGUAAGAUCUCCUGGGUGAACCGUCUUCACCUUGCUAAGAUAGCCCAGAGAAAGGAAAACACGUCAGGUUGGGAAUGUGCUGAAGAAGAUGGGAAGACGAAAGCUCUUUUAAGCUGCCCACUGCUUACCUGUAAACUUUCGGUUUUCUCUUCCAGAACACACACUCUGAAGCUGGAGGCAGCUCUUCACAGCCCAUCUCAGUCCAGACUGCUUGGUUUCUGCACUGCCAGCACAUCCUUGCCACAGGGUUACCUUUGGGUUGCUGGUGGAGGUGGCAACUCCAACCAUGGGCAAGUGGAGAUUUUCUCUCUGAACCGAGCCAGUGCUCGCUUGGUCAAAACUCUCCCACUGAGAGCCCCAGUCCUUUGCCUGGAGUAUGUGAAGGAGCCGUGCCCCAGUACAGAGGAGAAGACUGAGAAAGCCCAAAGGGCAGCCAAGACAGGAAACAUAAUCUGUGUUGGCUUGCAGGACGGCAGUAUCCAUGUUCAGAGCAGUGUGGACACAGCUGUUCAGUGCCUGCUGACCUUAGUAAACCCUGACAACUGUCCAGUGCUCUGCCUCAAACAUUCACUGUCGUUCCUGUUUGCUGGACUGGCUAAUGGCAAAGUAGCUAUAUACCACAGAAAAACUGGAGAGCGACUGUGGGAUGUGGAUUCAUGCAGGCUAAUGUCUCUCGGCUCCAAGCCGGUCUACUGUCUGCUGGCACUUGAAGACACUGUGUGGGCCAGCUGUGAAAACCAAGUCACUGUCAUACAAGGAGACAGCCUCUGCGUGCAGAGCUUUGAAGCCCACGCGGAUCCAGACUUCAGUGUUAGCCACAUGGUCCAUUCAGGUGGAGGUGUUUGGAUGGCCUUCACCAAAGGAUCCUCCAUUCAUCUGUUCCACACAGAGACCUUGCAACAACUGCAGGAAGUCAACAUCUCAACACGUACCAACUAUCUGUCACCAGGUCACAUUUGUGUAUCCAGCUUACUGAUCUCUCAGGGUAUGCUGUGGGUGGGGACUAGCCAGGGUGUCAUCAUCACUUUCUCUGUACCGACUCUUGAGGGUAUCCCGAAGAUCACAGGUAAAGCAAUGACAUCGCUGAAUGCUCACUGUGGUGCUGUAGAUUUCCUGGUGUCAGCCUCCAGCACCCUGGCCUCUGACUUGCUUCGACGGGAUUCCAUCUUCAACAUUAGCAAGGAGAGUGCUAAUGGCGAGGGAGGAGGAGGUGGAGGGAAUGUUGAAGGAGAAAGAGGAGAGCAGAAGCUGGAAAAUAGCCGCCAUACAGAGAACUUAGAAACUUCUCCGUGGAAGCAGGACAAACCUAAGCAUCUCCUAUUGCAGUACCACCUCCAUUCCACCUCCCAGCUUCCUGGGAAGCUGCUGACAGCUCAGCCAGAACAAGGGAACCCAAGGGCCUCUCCAGAUCUCCAGAUGGAGGACGGCUCCAUCUAUGAAGUAAAUGAGGACCCUGAUGUUUGGUUGAGAGGGCGGCCACUGGAGUUGGGGAAGGAGGGAGAGGCCAAACGUAACAAAGUCACUUCAACAGCCAUCUUCUCUGGAGGAAGAGGAUACCGCAGGAUAGGACUGUCAUCAUCAGAAGAAACCUGCUCAGAUUCCAGUGAAAACACACUGCUCGUGUGGCAGCUCCCUCUCACGCUUAGCCAAUGACAGCUUUCUUUGUCCUCAGUUACUCUAGUUCUAAGCACAUGUGAUUACUCUUAGACUAGGCACUUUUAAACAUUUUAGGUUGAUUCUAAAGUCAAGGACAUAUCACCUUUGACAGUUGACAGUUAAAAUAAAAGUAACAUUACUUAAGCCUACAGAUGACCACAGAUGACAGUGGAUACUAGGUGACAGCUUUAUUUACUACAGUGAGCAGUUAACUGCAGUAAUGUUGCAUAUCACAAAGAUGGCAGCACCUGGCAUCAGUAGAGAAGAAGAACUCUGUAUUUACAGGAAGUCCCCCCCCCCCAAAAAAAGAACCUGGCUUGUAUAUGUAUAUAGUAAACAAAUUUUGAAAUCAGCAAUGUUUUUCAAAUGAAACUGUACAAUGUGAUACUUGAUGGAACAUUUCUGUAUGGAAACAGGUUGUAUGUAUAUGUCAGAUGAGUGUCAAGCGUCAGUGGCUGCAUUUGGACACACAUCUCAAUGUUAGGCCAUACAAAAUAGCAUAUUAUGAAAAGAACUUAAUGAAAACCUAAAUUCAAUUCAAUUCAAUUUUAUUUCUAUAGCGCCAAAUCACAACAAAAGUCGCCUCAAGGCGCUUCAUAGGUACAAAGAAAAAGCCAACAAUCAUAUGACCCCCUAUGAGCAAGCACUUUGGCGACAGUGGGAAGGAAAAACUCCCUUUUAACAGGAAGAAACCUCCGGCAGAACCAGGCUCAGGGAGGGGCGGAGCCAUCUGCUGCAACCGGUUGGGGUGAGAGAAGGAAAACAGGAUAAUGAAAACCUAAAUCUUCAUAUAAUAAAGGAAAAAAUAUAAGAAAAUACAUCACAAUGAAAGUUUCAAUGGUGUUUGUGUGUGUGUGAGAAAGAGAGAGAGCGAGAGAGAGCAUGUGUGCGCAGCUACACCAUAAAUACAACAUAAAUACACAGACCCAGCCCCCUGACAGUUAAUGGAGUCAAGUGAUGUCUUUACUCUGAGCUGUUAAGAGUCACUGCUGGAAAGUUCCACCUCCUAAUACUCCUAUUACCACUAGGAUGACGACUUUCUACAUCUGCUACAGCUGUUCCUUCAGUCUCGUCACUUCUCAGAUGUCUAAUGCUCUGUCUGUCUGAUGCUACUGUCAGCUGGCAUAUCCACGUCUUUCACAGCUGUGGUCUUCUGCUCCUCUUCAACUAUAACUAUAUCUGUUUGGUUGGCCAGAGGCUGCGUUUCUAUCUAGGACCUUGAAAUUCCCACAGGACCUUAAUCCACUGUUGUUUCAACCACCUUUAGAUGCAAUGAGAACUUGGUGAUGUCUAAUCCAUAUGCAGCAAAGAUGUUCUACAAGAGUCAGAGGCUUUCAUGUAGUUAAUCCAGGCGGUGCUGAGUUUGGUCUGCCUGUUCCUAGAAUCCUCAUGAACUGCUCAACCAGGAGCUGAUGCUUUGUAAACUGUUAUUUCGAAUGUCCUUCUGUGCUGUGCUCAAUGGUUGACUCAUGUGUCUACUCGUAACUAGCUUGGUUGCUGUGAUGCAUUAUUUAUGGUCGUGCAGAGAGACUGCAUCAUCUGUCCACUUCUCUCCAGGGACUGUGUAUCUGCUUGCAGUGAACUCUGUAUGUUAGAACUUUGUUCUUCUUUGCAGCUGGCUGACAACAAAGUGUUAAGUGAAACCAAGUGUUAAAAACAACGAGAGGUGUCGCUGCAGCUACUGUCUGUGCUUUACAUGCUGUAUUUUUUGAGCUCCCAUUCCCAGGGAACUCACUGUCACUCACUGCUCUAUUCCAGCCUGCUUGGAGGACUGAACAAGAGUGCGUCUUGUGUGACUGAAAAUCCCUCUCCCCUCCCUGUCUGUAAGUCUACACAUUUGCGGGACUAUAAAUCCAACUUUAGUGGAGGUUCCAUGUUGUGGGGAUAUUUCAUGAUUGUGGAUUUUCUGCCCUGUACUUGCAAGUCCAGACAAGUACCUGCUGUUAGCAGCUCACUUAUUUAUGCUACCAGGCCUUCAAUUAGCUUUUUCAGCCAAAUGAUGAGUAGAUCUAUGUUCACAUCUGCAAGCAUCUCCUCUGAUUGGACUUUGCCAGUUAGCUGGAGGAGUUGUACCCUUGGUUGUGUGGAUGCUGUGACAAAGUGGGUGAGAACACCUUGAAGCUUGCUAUUCUUAGUUAACAUUCUUGUUUUGAUUUAGCCAUACCUUAUUUUCAUUCUGUAGUUUGCAAACAUUUACUAUCUCGGGUUUGUUUAUGUUUUGUACUUUUACAGAUUAUGUAAUAUAACAUCUUGGUUUAAAUCAACAAGACUGUUAACAACAAGUUUGUUAAGUUAAAAUUUGAUUUAUUUCAACUGUUAAUUUGUCUGGUUUACUUGGUUUGAACUCACCUGACUUACCUGUGUUCCAGGAGCAAAAGGAGGAAAUGCUUCCUCACUUCCUGUAUUUAUAGCUUCCUGUUUAGUUUGGACAUCACAGGAAGGGACCAGGUAAAGAGGGGGGAGAAUUGGUGUAAUUCAAUAAAGUCAAUUUUAGGAUUGUGUUUGUUUGAGAGAGAUGUAUUGAUGUAACAUGUAUUGACUACACCAUUCAUUGUUUGUUUGGAUAGCUUGAGUAUUUAUGCAGACAGUGGGAGGAGAGCAGGGGUGCGGAGGAAAAAGAGCAGCGCUGAUUUUGAACUUUGGGGAAGGUUUGGUUUUUGACUUUGGACUACGGAUUUGGAUUACGGACUUUGGCGGUUUGCAUAAACUGGUGUGCGACUGGACUGGAAGGACGAUGAUGACGAUGAUGACAUGGAUUUAGGAGAGUGGGAAAGGGGGGAGGAGAGGGAGAGGAAGAAGAGAGGAUGAAAGUAUGGUAGGAACUCAGGGCAGCAAAUGAAGUUUGGAAGGGAAUAGUUCGGAUGACGGGAGUGUAAUUCGGAAAAGGAUUGUCAGAGAAGAGUUUAAAAAUAAUAUUGAAAUUUAGGUCGGAAGAUGAAGGGGUGCAACUUAGCCAAAUAGUUUUGUCAAGAGAGCUGAAAAAGAGGUUUGGAGAGGUAACAUUAGCUAAAGUACUUAGAGAUGGAAAUUUGUUGAUAAUCGUUAAGACGGAAGAACAGAAAAAUAAAGUGUUAAAUACUGAGAGCAUCUGCAAAAAGACAGUGAGAGAGAGAAAGGUAUUGGGGGAGUUUAAAGUGGUGCGAGGGGUAAUCACAGGCAUCCCAAUAGAGGAAGAUUUAGAAAAAAUUAGACGCAGUAUUUCUGGCAGUGAGGUCAGCAGGAUCAAAAGACUGAUGAGAACGGUCAAUGGGGAAAGAGUUGACAGUGUGACUGUAAUGCUGGAAUUCCAAGAAGCAGUACUUCCUGGGAGAGUUAAGAUAGGGUGCAUGAGUUUUCCAGUAAGGCCGUAUAUUCCCCCUCCCCUCAGGUGUUAUAAAUGCCAGAGGUAUGGGCACGUCGCAGCGGUGUGCAAGGGGAAACAGAGGUGCCCAAAGUGUGGGGGUGAACACGGGUAUGAUGAAUGUGACAGUGUACAGGAUAAAUGUUGUAACUGUCAAGUCAAAAAAGUGACAGACUGGAGGGCGGAACUAAUCUUGUGUCUGGGUUUCUGUCUGGGAAGAAAAAGAAGGCGAACUGGGGAACAACAGGAAGUUGCCACUUACGGGAAAACCCAGUAGUGGUGUGCGAUACUGCAUAUUUUGGUAUCGAUCCGAUACCAAGUAAAUACGGGCCAGUAUCGCCGAUACCAAUACCGAUACUUUUCAAUAAAUCAGGUGGAUGC